AUGGACAGCGGCGACGAAGAAGCCUCAGAGAAGUACCGCAUCCACUUGCGCCCCGCCACGCUACGCGACGCUGUCCCCGCCACACUGCACUUACUGCCCUGCGAGGUCCUGGCUGACCGGCCCGCCCCCGUCGGACGCUUCUUCACCCCGGCCAUCCGGCAACGGCCCGGCGCACUCGAGGUGUCCUUUCGGGGGCGCAUUCUGCGGGGCGAGGAGGUGGUGGUGCCGCCCAGCCUCGCGGGGUACGUGAUGGUGAUGGACGAGAAGGCAGAGGUGUUGGCAGGGUUAGGAAAGAAACAGGAAUCGAGAGGUUCGGAGAAGGGCGACGGGGAAGAGGAGCCGCAGCCGCUGGAGCGUGAUUUCGACCGCUUUAUCCGGGCCACUGCCAGUUUCGCCCGCUUCCACUUGUGGGGCCUGGAGACCGUUCCCGGCCCGGACGCCAAAGUGCGCGGGGCCUUGACCUGGCCCAGCCUGGCCGCAGCGAUUCACACGCAGGUGCCCGAGGACUGA